CUGAAGCAUUCACAGCGUCCUGAGACACCUUAGAGGAGAGGAAGCAGUCCGACAGAAAUGCUGGCCCCAACUAUAGAACAAGUUGUCGUAACAGGAACCUCUGGUCUGGGCUCUCUCGCCGCUAAUGACUCAACCUUCCUGGACUCAGAGUUUCGUUAUGUCCUCUUCCGCGUUGCCUAUGGCAUCAUCUUCAUCCUGGGCCUCUUCGCCAACCUCUACGUGCUGUUCGUCCUGCGCUGCCUCCGCGAGGCCAAGGCCAUGGGCGAAAUCCGCAUCUACAUGACAAACCUGACCAUCGCUGAUCUCCUUUUCGUGUGCGCCCUUCCGUUCUGGGUUGGCUAUUAUAGCCGCCAUGGCAACUGGGUCUACGCAGACUUCAUGUGCCGGCUGACCGGCUCGUUGUUCUUCAUCAACACCUACUGCUCCAUCCUCUUCCUCGGAGCCAUCAGCAUCAACCGGUACUGGGCGGUCACCCGGCCUCUGGACGCGGCCUCUUCGGACCACAGGCGUCGCGGGAUCAUCGUGUGUGUCAUCAUCUGGUUGUUGACCGUAUCGAUGUCUAUUCCAUACCUGGUGUCUCCGGGGACCCACACUGACGAGAACAACGUCACUCGCUGUUUCGAAGGGUACCAGAAUCAGACUGACCCAGAGAAGAAAACAGUAGCUGCUACUCAUUUUGCAAUAAUUGGAUUGUUUUUUGUCGUCUUUUUUCUCGUCGUGGUGUGUAAUUCCCUCAUUGCUCGGGUGUUACUCUCUCAAAGCCCUCCUCAGCCGGAAUUCAGAUCUGCGACAAUUGUAUCUAGAAAGUCCAACAGGACCAUGUCCUCAUCUCAGAGGCCCAGGGGGGUGAAACGGAGGGCCCUGCAGAUGUUGCUGGCAGUGGUGGGAGUGUUUGUCCUGUGUUUCCUGCCACAUCAUAUAGUCCAAGGCCCCUGGACCCUGGCGGUGUUGCAGAUCGAACAGGGCUGGGGCCACGUAGAGUGGGGCCGGCAGACCCGUCAGGCGCUCAACGACGCGCACCAGAUCACCUUGCUUCUAAUGGGCCUCAACUGCAUUUUGGAUCCUGUAGUUUAUUGUUUUGCCACAAGGAAGUUCAGGAAGUUCAUCAUGGCCCACGUCAGGAAGUUAAGGAAAGGAGACGGGUGCUCUCAGACGGUCACCUCACAGCUCUCCAUGGACAGCAGGAAUCAGAGCCAGAGACUGCAGAGCGAGCACCACGAGCCCGAAAUGGACUGAUUUAAUCAUGUGUAAUAUUUGUAUAAAAAAGUAGAUAUAUGUGACCUGUGUGUGAAAGACUUCUCUCAUUUUGCCGCUCAUAAUAGACUGAAUAACACGCAGUACUGUGCUGCAUCUAUAACUUGUUGUCUAAUUUCGCAUCGGUGCCCCACAUCUUCUGAAUCUUUUUUUAAUGUGGUCUCACACUGUUGUGACAUUUGAUCUCACAUUGCGGCUAGAAUUGCACCAGUCCUCCUACUCUUCCUGUGCUAAGUUAACGCCGAAAAGCAGAAGUUUUGCAAGCAGAACGACAUCAGCAAAACAUUUCUGACUGAAAUUUCGGCAGGAUGCUUUCUCAGCCUGCGAAUUAAACUCAACAGAUACCAAACGGAUUGGUUAAAUGCUCCCACAGGUGUUGUCCUUCCCUAAGUAGGGCACCAAAAACGGGAGAAAAGUCAAGGAUAAUACACAUAUAUACAGAGUCUUGCCAUCUCUUUCUGGGUGUUUGGAGUGGGGCUUCUCACUAGAUCACACACACACACAGUAAAAUGUGUGAUAAUGAAUUUGUUGUCUCCCAUCAGUUACAGUUUCUUUUAGCCUUGCCUGGACAAGUUAUAUCCGGUAUUGUGAAAGCGAGGAACAGAAGUAAUAAUGCUUGAGCUAUGUUUCCCCUCUGGCAUCCAGUAUUGUGACAUGUCUCACUGUAAAAAAUCCCAUGAUUCACUGUGACAAAGAAAGCUUAUUGUUAUUCAGCUACCUGCUGUAUAUGCACUGUACUGUAUCUUUUAUAUACUGUGAGCUUACCUGCUGUUGAAAAACAGAUUUAUGAUGAAUUUUUUUCAUGUGGUGGAACAGCCUUUGUUCUCUUUUGUUAUUAAAAAAGUGUGUGUUGUGAUAUUUUGAUCUUAAGAAAAGGAAAAAUGCUGCUUUUACUCCAUAUAAAUCUUGCAAUUA